AUGCCAAAGGGAGGAGGAGGAACCCGAAUAACAUCGUCUAUUGGUCAACCCACUUCUUCAAUUAUGGUGAACGAUCAACCUCAACAACACAGCUAUGAGGAUGUCUGGUCUCAGCCAAACUGGCCACCGCGUCUAGAGAAAGUGUUUGUGGAGUUGCUACUCGAAGAAAUGAAACUUCAGUACUUUGAGGUCUGUGUUACUGGAUUCUCUGAGCAAGUUUGGGAUCAUGUGACUGAAGAGUUCAGAAAAGAAACUGGUUUGGAUUAUGACAAGAAAGAGCUCAAGAAACACCUGGCUGUGUUGAAGAAACGUUAUCGUAUUGUGAAACCAUUGUAUACUCACCCUGGCUUUGGCUGGGACUACAGGCGAAAAAUGGUAGAUGUGGAUGAUGAAAUGUGGAAGGAUUACAUCAAGGUGCAUCCUGAAGCUGCACCUUACAGAAAGUAUAAAUGUCCACUCUAUAAUGAUUUAUGCACACUAUUUACAAAACCUAGAGCUACUGGACAGCAUGUUAUAUCAUUUGGAGGUGGGGGGAGUACUCGAGUCAAUAACUCUAGUGCACGAGGCAGCAACAACAAACGUAAAUCCUCUCAACCAUUGGGUUCGGCUCCUGGGAAGAGAAUAGCUACUGCUACUCAGAAUACAGGAGUUGUAAUUAAAAUUAAAGGAACAAGGUUUAAUAGUUGUAAUUAUGCAUAUGUAGUUUGGUUAAUUAUGAUCAAUUAUCUUAGCAUGAAUCCCAAAAAUCGCCGCUGUGAGCAGCUAUUACCAUCUAAACAAACAAAAUAA